AUGUCUGGGAAUCAAAGGACAAAUAACGAGUACGCAUCCCCUAUGGUGAUCAAUGUGAACAACAAGCAAGUGAAUGCCUCACCUUUAAGUUACAAAAGCUACGCACAGAGGAGUAUAAAUCUUGGACCAGAUAACAGUCAACAUGAGUCAAGCGUAGGAGAUAACAUGAAGAAUUAUGUGCAAUAUUAUGGGCACAGAAAUGGCUCUGAAAUGGAGCCCUUGAAACAUACCACUUCGCAGAACAUAUCGUGGGGAAGAGUCGAACGACAGAAGACAAUGGGCGCGAUGGGACUGGCCAAGAAGUGGGACUCGAACAGGGACGACCUAAACCAUAUUGUAACCAAUAACGCAAAUUCAACUCGAGUGCCGACUAACCACACCUCUGAGGGUAGCACUCAGGUGAGGACAUUUCAAAAAAGUUCGCCAGAAUAUGUUAAGGAAAUUCUCCCAUUCGAAGUUGAUAAAAGUAAAAGGAAUUCUCUUCCAGGGGAAAGAAAGACAACACCCAUUAAUGUUCAGAGCGAAAUGAACAAUAAGAAUGAUUUGUCAUUCGGGGGAAAGGAAUACCGAUCUGUGCACCCUAGGAAAAAUCAAAACGAUUACUUGGUGGAGGAAAAAGGGGAACAUCCAACCAAGUCAAUUCAGGUGAAAAAAAAAAAAAGUGUCACGAUAAGUACUGGUGAGAAGAAUACCUUUUUGGGAGAUAUGAAGAGAGGAAAUAACAUUGCCAUUUCGAAAAAUUUCCAGUCAAGUGGAGAAGAGAUGUUUAGCACAGGUCAAGGGCACGUGAGUAGGAACAAAGCAGAUGGAAAGAACGGGGGGGUAAAUAAUAGCAAAAUAGGUGAAGAAAUAAAGAGUGAUCACUUAAGUACUCCCCGUAAGUGGAAUAAUGACCAUGUGUUAGGUAGAGACACCGUGCAGGAAUAUCAGCGUAGAAAUGGAAAGAAGGAAUAUACAUCCCCACAAUGUGAUGGCAAAGGUUCACAGAAGGAUAAGUCCUAUACCAAAGCGUCAAUACAUCGUAAUGGUAGAGAACAAUUACCACAUAACCUUUCCAUCAAUUUCAAAAGAGACAUAUUCCAUAUGACCAAAGGGUUACGCAUUUUCGAGCAUAUGAUAAUCGUUGAUAAAAAUAAUGUACUUAGAUUGUGGAAUGGCUUUGAAUGGAAAAGAGUGGAAAAUUAUUUCGAAUUUGUGACUACGGCUAGAUAUGACCAUAAGGGACACCUCUGGUGUGUUAACACGUCGUAUGAGCUACUCAAAAAGAUGAAAAAAAAAUUUAAAAACUUUGGAUAUUUAGCAAAUGAAGAAAUUGUAGAUAUCACUUUCGAUAAAAAAAAUGUGUUAUGGUGUGUUAAUCGUAAGGGAGAGUUGCUCAAGUGGAAUAGGAGCAAAUGGACUAAAGUGAUAUUUUCUGGAUUCCAUAAAUUGAUAAGUGUAGCCUUUGACAAUAGGGGAGAUUUGUGGGCUAUCAACACGAAGAGGGCGUUGGCGAUCUGGUGUGAAAAGGACGGUUGCUGGAAUGAAAAAGUUGUGAAGGAUGGUUUGAAAAUAUGUGCUAUUGAUUUUGACAACGAUGGGCAUAUCUGGGUCGUUUCCACUGCUGGCGCGCUAUUGACUUAUUCACAAGGUCAUUGGGUGAACUUUGGGUAUGUCUGCUUGGAUCGGUUGAUUUCUGUGGGAUUUAGGAAGGUCCGCGCGCGUUAG